CAUCGGCCUCCAAGGCCCUUUGCAGGAGGAGGAGGAUGCGGAGGAGGAGGAGGAGGAGGAGCAGUGGCCGCCACCCUCUCGAGAGGUAUCGCGCUGGGUCCGUCGCCUCCUCCUCGGCGACGCUGCCUGGCCUCCCCGAGGAGUCCGCGGCGCUGGACAUCAUCAGGCCGCACACGGAGACGUCGCACAUCCAGGGCCAGGGCCUGGCGCUGAAGGCCGGGCCUGGCAAGCUGCCCCUCGCCCUCGACAACGCCCUGGACACCAUGGAGCACCGGCACAGCUUCGCCCAGAGCCACCGCUGCUGGCUUCGCUUCGACGCCUACUCGCGCGUCUGCAUGGCUCUCGGCAUCAACCAGAUGUUGCAGGCCCUGUCCUAUUUCAUCGUCGGGCCGGUGCAGCGCAAGAGGCCCAGUGCGGCCCUGAUCAGCCUGUGCGCGGUGCAGGCCAUCGCGCUCCUCCUGCUGAAGCUCGACCUUCGCAACACCGAGGCCGAUCCGAGCCGCAACCCUCAGGCCGAUCCCGACGACACCGACGACAGCGAUGAUAGCAACGCCAGUAAGAACUUCUUGAAUGUCGGCAGCAAGGACGUGAGCGUUGCCAGCUACCGGGACCUUCUCCUGACCCUCUCGACCUUCACGCUGGCUCCUCUGUGGACCACUCUGGCGCUGUGGGCCAACCGCUUCACGAUGCACGUGACGCUGCUCAGCGUGAGCGUGACGCCGUGCUUCUUCCUGCACGCCAUGUGGCUCUUCCUCGUGCUGAAGACCAUCUCACCCAAUCAGGGGGACCUGCUGCCGCAGAGGCUCCGCACCGUGGGAUACCUGGACAUCUUCACCAAGGACAUACAGGACGAUCGGCUGAACACGGCGGCCUCAGCGGCGAGUGCGGGCGGAGGCCGCAGGCGGGGCGGCUCGGGGUCGGACGAGGACAGCCCCGAGAGCAUGCGGCCCCUCCGGACGUACUCCACCUGGAAGCCUGGCGGAGCGAAG